UGGGUUUGAUGCUGCAGUCUUAACGCUCCUUCAGACUGAUACUGACACACAGACACGCUGUGUGUGUGUGCUGGCAUGCGGUGUUUUGCGCUCGUGUUGAAGGUCGUGCUGUCAUUGCUGGGCAGUGAGAUGACCGUGGCUCAGCUCUCGUGUCCUGAGGUGUGUUCCUGCGCGGCCGGUGUGGUGGACUGCAGUAAACGCGGCCUCACCACAGCCAGCCUGCCCUCCUCCUUCCCUCCACACACCACCGAACUCCACCUGAACGACAACCACCUGACGGCUCUGCCCAACGGCCUGCUGGACUCACUGCCCGCCCUGCGCCUGGCCGCUCUCCACGGCAACCCGUGGUCAUGUGACUGCGGCAUCCUUUCUCUGAGAGGCUGGCUGCUCAAACAGAGAAACAACACUUCCAUACGGAACGUCAGCUGCAGUUCUCCUGCUCACCUGCGGGGGCGCCUGCUCGCGUAUCUGUCCGAGCAGGAGCUGCUGGAGUCCUGUCGUUAUUGGCUGUGUAAUCUGGCUCUGGCCUCUCAGAUCAGCCUCUUCAUCUUCAUCACCGUGCAGGUGCUCCUGCUGGCCUCUGUCAUCCUCUUCCUCCGGCGGUUUGAGCUGCUCACCCGGGAGGCGAGGCGCACGGCCGCGGAGAGCUUCACGGCGGAGGAUGAAUACGCCAUGUUAAAAGACAGGAGCUUGUAGGACGAGACGGUCUCAAACCAGACCAAAAUGAACUGUGUUCAUUUCAUUGUAAUAAUUUUGCACAGUUCAUUUUUAUUUGUCAUAUAAAAUGUCCCUUUUAUAUUUAUCUCCU